GAAGCACCACGCGAGCCAACCCGUAGCCCUAGGGGAAGCCGCGACAUAACAGGUGGUGCGACGUGAGGGACAGGCAGCGCGCACGUGUCCUAUCCCUCUCCGAAUCGCCUAUCCCGAGCAACAUGCUCGCGCCGCGAUUGCAUGGUCGAGCCGCUUCCCCGACAUGCGGCUCCAUAUUUCGAGGUUUAGGUCAACGGCGGUGCACGGGGAAACGCAAGGGUGGUCGGCACGGGGCUCGGCGCACGGCUCCCUCCCGUCCCGUACUCCCGUUGCCACAUUCUCAGCUCCAGUUGCGGAAUCUAUUAGUUCCACGGCAACCUACCUUAGAGGUGGUCUGGCUGUCACGCUCCUGUCGCUCCGAGUUUCGUCCUAACUCGCCCGAGCUCCCUGCUGCCUGAGCAGCCUCGGUUUAGCGCCGCCGCGAAUCCGUCAAUAGGACAGACUUCUGCGCCGAGCAGAGAUCCUGCUGAGAAAGUAACCUCGGGGAACCAUGGCUCCCAAGGGUCACGCGGCGAAGGCGGCGGAGGCGGACACGCAGCAGCUGAAGACGAAGCUCGAGACGGAGCCGCUGAGCAAGUCCCUCACCGGGACCGUUAUUGCCGACGAAACGUCUUUCAACAUCGAGGAGGAGAUUAAGAGCCUGGGCGGGCUGGAGGUGCUAGUGCCGGGCAAGCUCGAGCCGACGCUCAUCAGGCAGCACCUGGAUGAGGCACUCUUGAAGGCCUUCAACUGCUCGUGCAAUGUGCACUUGUCGACGUCCUAUGCCUAUCAGGCGCUCGCCCUGUAUUGCGGCAAGGACUCCGUGGCGCUCCGCGGCUUCGGCAAGUUCUUCUGGAAGCGCGCCCUGGAGGAGCAGAUGACCUUCAAGGACAUGGCAGCCUUUGUGAGUGGGCGUGGAGGAAGCCUGAUGCUGCGGGACAUCAAGGCGCCGCCUCAGUCCUUCCAUGAUCCUGAAAGGGGUGAUGCACUAACGGUUGCUGAGUUCGACUUGGCCCUGGGCAAAGUGGCCUAUGAGAAGGACUUGAAUCUCCACAAGGCAGCAGAGAUGUCGGGGGAUGCUGGAGCGCAAAACUUUGUGGAGAAUCGGCUUCUCAAGGGGGCGGUGCUGGCCCUGCAGCGCUGUGCGCGCUAUGUGACCCAGAUUAGGCGCGUGGGCAAGGGAACAGGGGAGUAUCAGAUGGAUCACCACAUGCUCAUGGGUGUGGACGUUGGAGAACUGACUGUGGGACAGGUGCUUGAUCCAAUGACAGAGCGCAUGUCGGUGCACAUGCAGCCUCCCACCAAGCGUGCUCGUACAGCUGCUGAUGGCAUUGUUGGUUUGCUCUCAUCAGAGGGUUAAUAGUAAGGAUUAUAGAGCUGUUAGUUCCACCCAGAGGAAUGGAAGCAGAGGCUGGUGGAGAAGUGGCCGGCAAGGUAGCAAUGGGUUUGUGUGGAUGUUUGCUGCGGUGUACAGAGGAAUGUCUCCUGUGGAAAUGUUCGUCCCCGGGUGUCCUUUGCGUGCAGAACGUGUACAUAGUGAAAUGUUUUCCUGGUUUUCCAUCCUUAGAACUAGGCUUUCUUCCAAGCCUAGGAAUGAGUUCGUGCUUUCAACAUCUGUAACAAUAUUAACAAUUACUAC